AUGAAUUGUCCUUGCGAAAUCCGUAUCGGCUGUCGGGCCAAAAAACUGCACAUUAUAGCUUUUGUCAUGCGACAUAAUCACCCUGUGGCCGCGGAACUCGCUGAAAGUUACCCAGAAAACCGAAGACUCACCGAAAAGGAAAAGGAUGAGAUAAAUGACAUCUUAAAAUCAUCUCCUUCGAACCUGGUCGUAAAGGAACAUAUAGAACGUAGAUUUGGAAAGCACUGCUCUCUUAAUGACGUAAGGCAGAUGAAAUAUCGUUUCCGAAAAUCUCAAAAGUUGCGCUCUUCAAAGGACUUUGCAUUGGUGAAAAUCGAAUGUGAUAUGCCCGAUGAAGAUGACAUGAACCCAGCUUACGAACUUUCCACUGAGACGAUUUCAAGCUGGUCGGAACAAGCCAAAGAAAACAGAUUAUCUGAGUUUAUACCUUAUUCCCAGAAGCUUGGUGAACUCGUAUGCUCAUCCGACAAUGAAACUUUUUAUGAACGCUUAGAUUUCAUCAAAGAGCUUAUAGAGACUUGGCAGACAGGCAAGCAGCCUGUGUUACUUACUCUAUAA